UCACAUUUAUUUUGCAGUUAAAGAAGCUGAAGAGGAGUCAUGAAGGCCUUCCUGGUUCUCGCAUUUGCUAUUGCUUCAGUUUGCCAAGGAGAUAUCUUGGCCCAGGACCAGACCUUGGCUAAUCUGGACAUGGUGAAAAAUGCAUUCUGGAACUAUGUUGCCGAGGCAACGUUGACCACUGAGGCAGCCCUGCAGAAGAUCAGGCAGUCUGAGCUGGGACAGGAGAUGAACUCAAGGAUUUCCAACAGUGCUGGUGCCAUCAACCAAUACGCAGCCACUGUUCGUGGUCAGGUGACCCCUCUGACCGAAGACCUGCUGGCCAAGCUAUCCCAGGAGGCCGAGCAGCUGAAGGCCCGCGUGGAGAAGGACCUGAGCGCCAUGGCAACCGAGCUGGAGCCCUAUGCGGAGGAGAUCAGACAGGACCUGCAGCAGCAGAUGGAGGAUCUGAAGAGGGACGUGAGGCCGUAUGCCGAGGCCAUGGACUCCGAGGCCCUGAGGGCCUCUCUGAUGCAGAAGACCGAGGAGCUGAGAGGCGGCCUGGACCAGAACCUGGCCCAGAUGCAGACCCAGCUGGGCCCCCACACCCAGCAGCUGAGGCAGAGCGUGGACCAGCACCUGCAGGACUUCCAGAAGAGCGUGGCUCCCCUGGCCCACAGCUUCCAGACGCAGCUGGCCCACAGGAGACAGGAGCUUCAGCAGAGCCUGAGCCCUUACGCUGAGGAGCUGAAGGGGAGGCUGGAUCCCCUGGCACAGGACCUCAAGAGCCAGCUGGUCGGUCUCUGGGAGUCCUUUGCUAAGGACCGCCAGUAAGACCUCUCUGUUUGUAGUAUGUGGGGUCAAUGACGUUUUAGUAGUAGCACACGUCAGGAUGGGGCAACUAGAGCUAAUGCCAUUGUGUGGAUUUUUUUUGUUUUGUUAUUUAUUGGAUCAUGUAAUAAGCAUAUUCAUUGCAGUGCAUUAAUUAUCAAUUAUUCAUUAAUUCAUGUGCAUUAUCUGUGGUUGUAUCACCUGAAGUCUGUGAGCCCAAAAAAUCGUCAUUCACCCAUGAGCGCCUGUGGCACUGGCCCGAACACUGAAUGAUCUUGGGUCAAGUCAUGGGCACCCACGAGGAGGACUUUACUGCAAGGGAAUCAAAGAAGAACUUUUGGAAAACCUCAUAAUGUUGGCCUUAUUAGAUCGGCAUGGGUAUAAAUUAAGUCAUUGGUAGCUUAGUGUAACAAGAUUAAUUUUAUUGGUGUAGUGAAACAGUGAGACCAACAUAUAUUACUCGCUGAGGAUCCCUUUAAAGGACCUUGUAGAUUUUUGACACUUGUGAUAAAUAUUUAUAUUUUCUGAGAUGACUGCAAGAUGUAGAGUCAUAGGCAAUCUUUGCCUUUUAUGUAUUGUCAAACAACAGAGACACCGUAUGUAGGAACACAAAUAGUUAAACAGGUAGGAAUGAACUGAAAUAGCUGCUUCUUGUGAAUAUUUUUGUAUUUAUUUAUUAAGCAACAUUUUUAUUUUCUAUUUCAAAAUACUGCAGUAAUAACAUUA